AUGUCUGCCUCAACCACUCCCCCCGAGGCAUCAUACACCGCCAUGGAUCGAGACGUCGAGGCCAUCGGCGCCCACUGCGAAUUUGCCUACUGCCACCAGCUCGACUUCCUCCCUUUCCGGUGCGAGUCAUGCCGCCACACCUUCUGUCUCGACCAUCGGAGCGAGACUGCUCACAAGUGUCCCCGCGCUGGUGAAUGGGCGAAGAACAGACGACUGAACAGCAUCGGGAAAUCCUCAAUAUCGGGCACAAGCCAGGGUAAACCGAAUCUCAUUAACGCGACGCAAUGCGGGGAGACGACGUGCAAGACGUUCGUCAACACGUCUCAAAACCUGGGCGUGCACUGCCCGCAGUGCAACCGGACAUAUUGCCUCAAACACCGCAUGCGCGAGGACCACGACUGCAAGAACCUAACGCCUCUGGGUGCUCGCCCCAUUGAGAUCGCGAUGCAAUCAAAUAAAGAGAAGUUACGGGUCGGCUUCGGACGGCUGAAGACCUGGGGCAAGGAGCGACAGGAGGCGUUGACGCCUAAACCGAGCCCGUCCAGCAAAUCCGCACAAAUCGCCGCGCUCAACACGCUGAAAAAGAACGCAAAGGGCGACGACAAGCUUGUCCCUGAGAAGCGGGUCUACCUCCACGUCGAGGCUGAGGCCGCCUCCACCACCGCUAAACUGCCCAAGGCCGACCUGUUCUUCUCGGCUGACUGGUCCGUCGGCAGGAUGCUCGAUGAAGCCGCCAAGAGACUGCAGGUCGCCAACAUGAAUAAUCGCGUCGAGACCGAGGAGCAGCGGUUAAGAGUCUACCAUGUCGAAGGUGGCAGGCUGUUGGAAUUUGGGGAGAAGCUUGGAGUGUGUCUUGCGAACGGGAAUACCGUUGUCUUGCUGAGAGGGGUUGGUCCCAAGGAAGAUGGGAAGUGA